GCCCUUGCAGCGGGAUGGAGGCGGGAGGCCGCGGAGGAGCGCAGGAAGCGGCCGCCGCGGGAGGCCCCGCCGGCAUCCGCGAGGGCUGGUUCCGCGAGACCUGCAGCCUGUGGCCCGGCCAGGCCCUGUCCUUGCAAGUGGACGCCGUCCUGCACCACCGCCGCUCGCCCUUCCAGGAGAUCCUCGUCUUCAGGAGCAAAGCAUAUGGGAAUGUGUUAGUCCUUGAUGGGGUGAUCCAGUGCACAGAGAGAGAUGAGUUCUCAUACCAAGAAAUGAUCGCCAACCUGCCUUUGUGUAGCCAUCGAAAUCCACGCAAGGUGCUCAUAAUUGGGGGUGGCGACGGCGGCGUCCUGCGCGAAGUGGUGAAGCAUCCGUCCGUGGAGUCCGUAAUACAGUGUGAAAUUGAUGAGGAUGUGAUAGAGGCGUCCAAGAAAUACCUCCCGGGCAUGGCUGUGGGAUAUUCCAGCCCGAAACUCACCCUGCACGUCGGGGAUGGCUUCGAGUUCAUGAAACGCAACCAAGAGGCGUUUGAUGUGAUCAUCACAGACUCCUCCGACCCCAUGGGUCCUGCAGAGAGCUUAUUCAAAGAAUCGUACUACCAACUAAUGAAGACGGCUCUAAGGGAAGAUGGCAUCCUUUGUUGCCAAGGGGAGUGUCAGUGGCUGCACCUCGACCUCAUCAAGGAGAUGCGCCAGUUCUGCAAGUCGUUGUUCCCCGUGGUGGAAUACGCCUACUGCACCAUCCCGACGUACCCAAGCGGCCAGAUCGGCUUCAUGCUCUGUAGCAAGGACCCGAUCACGAAUUUCCGGGAACCUGUGCAGCAGCUGUCCCAGGAGCAAGUGGACGCAAUGGGCCUGAAGUAUUACAACUCAGACAUCCACCAGGCAGCCUUCGUCCUACCAGAAUUUGCACGGAAGGCCCUGAGUAUGGUGUGAAAGCGUCGUCGGGGGCAGCUCCGCCUCUCAACAUGGACCCCCGAAGUCUUCAAAGCGAGGCCGGCACGGUGCGGUUUCCUCCGGCGGGGCCCUCGGCAGCUUCCCACCGGCCCCUGGUCCUGCCAGCCCCUCUUUGCCAGCCAAACAUUCCUUCCUACGGUGUAUUAAAAAGACUUUGGGCUCACGCCCAGCGGGACUCCGGGGAACGACCCUCACAUGGGCUUCGCUGUUCCGUUGCUCCGGCUGUUUGUUCCGGGCCUGGGAAAGCCACCAAGAGCACCUUGGCCCCAGCCUCCCCCCACCCACCCACCCCGCCUUUAAAGUGCAGUAUUUAUAACUGACAAGCAUUCUCUCUUCCUGCUCCUCCACUCUGCCAACUGGACAGGUCCGUAGCCUGGUUUUCAUAUGCUGCUGUGAGUGUAGUGGAAAGGGGAAGGGAGGGAUGAUGCACGCUCACACACACACACACACACACACACACACACGGUCUGCUGCUUCUGGCUUCCUUGUUCCAUUUGCCCUAAGGUGCACGCGCCACUCCGCCUUCUGUUUGGGAGCGUGCUGGCCCACUUCCAAGCGCAGACCUUUCCCUCUUAACUGUCAGCCAGAUGCCUCCUGGGCACGCCUUUUUUUUAAUCGUCUUAUGGAGGGUGUGACCCUUGGGCUUUGUUCCGAAGGGAGCUGUUCCCUGUUCCGUUAUCAAGUGUGAUCACAUGGGCAAAGAGGAGCUGAGGAAACUGGGAAUCAUGGCUAGAAGGACUGCGGGGGGGAGCUCUCUGGGCAGGCUGUUGACACACUCAGGCCGGGUCAGUGAUGGUGUUAACUGCUUUCCGCCUUUCUCCAUUCCCCACUCAGUCCCCUGAAAUUGCUGGGGUAAGCAUGUUUCCUCCAAGGCUGGGACUUAAGAAGCAAAUUGCUUAUCUUCGUGUUCUUAAAUUAGUUCUUUUUUAAAAAAAACAAACAAAACCUCUCCUCUUACGUUGGUGACUUUUCCUCCAGUAGCUUUGCUGUUAAAACAGCAGGCUAUCAAAGGCAGAGUUUAAGGGGAUACCUUGUUGUGAAAACUCUUGUCUGUUCUUUUGGGGAGCUGGAUGUUUAUAGGCCGAAGGGUAAGGCCUUUUUUGUAGCAGGAACUCUUUUGCAUAUUAGGCACACGCCCCUGAUGUAGCCAAUCCUCCUGGAGCUUACAGGAGGCCCUGUAAGAAGAGCCCUGUAAGCUCUUAGAGGAUUGGCUACAUCAGAAGAGCGUGGCCUAAUAUGCAGAGGAGUUCCUGCUACAAAACCCUGCCAACUGCAAUUUUUCUGCCUGUUGACAUUCACCAAGAGGUCUCUUUUUUCCUGCAUUUAUAGCCAAGUGAUGCAGUUGGAAAAUUAAAUAUAUUCUCUAGCUCUGCCCGCUGCCGUAACAGAAAGCGUGCCCUUUGAGGGGAGGGAGGAAAAGGAUAUAUUAUAUGUCCUUCUUCAAGGUUUAUGGUUGGGGGCAUUUGAUUUUUUUUUCUCCUGUUUUAUCUCUAUGGGGAAGGACAGAAAAAGAGAUCACCUUCCCAUGGUAGCUACUUACAUUACUCUGUGAUUCCUGGAGGUUCAACACAGCAUCCCCUUAUUCUGUUUACACUGGAAUUUGGAAUGAUAUGUAAAACUUAAGAUCAUGGGAGGAAAAAACCCUCUUCCAUUCUAA